AUGCUGUCUAGACUCUGCGGGACUGGGAGAUCAGUGGGAGUGUUCGUGAGGAACAUAAAACCUUGUUUGGCCAUCUGUUCCUUUCAUUUCUUUCGUCUACCCAUUUCGUUAGCAACAACAGAAAAGAAAAGAAGGCGAGGAAAGAUGGCAGUGGCAGAGAAGAGAAAGGCCCGGCUGCAGGAAUACCUCGCGGCCGAAGUAAAUGUAAAACAUGCCGACGUGCUGAUUCUCGUCUGUUGUCUUAGUUCGGGCAUGGUUGACAGCACUCUCUACAGUGCCUACGACACCUUCGUCUCCAUGCAAACCGGAAACACCAUCUUCCUUGGCCUGGGCGCCUCCAACCAAAACAGCCGGCCGUACGGCUGGGCCCAUUGUCUGACCUCCAUAGCCACCUUCAUCGUCGGCUGUUUCUUCUUCUCCCGCCUGAACCAGUUCUUCGGUGCUCGUCGCAGAGGAACAUUGGUAGCCUCUUUCUUCAUCCAAUCUGUCCUGAUCCUGGUAACAGCCGGCAUAAUCACCGGAGGCGUGAUCCAGGGCAUCGCACGACCAACUGAGAUAGCUCCAACGGGGACAAUGGAAUACAGCCCUCAAUGGUCGCAGGAAGCGCCAAUCGUGCUCCUGAGUUUCCAAGCAGCCGGGCAGAUCGUCACCAGCCGGGCGUUGGGAUUCAAUGAGGUCCCGACAGUCGUGAUCACCAGCCUGCUGUGCGAUCUGAUGUCGGACCCGAAGUUGUUCGUCAAGCACAACGUGAAGCGUAACAGGCGCAUCGUGGGGUUUACGCUCACGCUUGUCGGUGCCAUUGCUGCCGGGUGGAUUACGAAGGCCUCGGGGAAUAUCUAUGCGGUGCUGUGGAUUGUGGGCGGGUUUAAGAUGGGCAUUGCUGUUGCUUGGGGAGUGUGGAAGUCCCUUCCAUUGUCCCCGGUUUGA